GGUUCAUCUGCACACCACCUGUUCCUCGACUGACAUCCGAUGAAGUGAUCCAGAUGCGUAAUGAGCUCUUCAUCAAAGAGAAGGAGAGGCAGAAGUCUCUUUAUCCACGAAUUGAGAAAAUCGAAGUCAAAUACACUGGGAAAUCGCACCCUGGCAGUGUGUUUGUAAUGAACAAAGCUCUGUCUACUCCGUACAAUUGUGCCAUGCACUUAAGUGAAUGGCAUUGCAAGAAAUCCGUUCUAGCUCUUGUGGAUGGUGAAGUCUGGGAUAUGUACAGACCCUUGACCAAAUCAUGUGAAAUUCAGUUCCUUACUUUCAAAGAUGAAGAUCCAGAGGAAGUAAACAAGGCGUAUUGGCGUUCCUGUGCCAUGAUCAUGGCAUGUGUGUUAAAGAAGGCAUUCAAAGAUGAGUACUCGGUGAAUCUGAUUAAAGCUCCAGAAGUGCCAGUGAUCUCUGGAGCUUUCUGUUAUGAUGUAAUUUUGGACAAUAGACUGAAUGACUGGAAACCAACAAACGACAACUUCCGUUCUCUUACAAGGGAUGCUGGAAAGCUAAUUCAUAAAGACCUUCCCUUUGAAACCCUGCAAGUUGAAGCAAAAGUAGCACGUGAAAUAUUUCAGCAUAACAGAUACAAAAUGGAGAUGAUAGAACAGAAAGCCUCUGAGAAUAUGGAAGGAAUUGUAACGUUACAUAGGUUUGGUGACUUUGUAGAUGUUAGUGAAGGCCCUCAUAUUCCAAGGACAAGUUUCUGUUUCCAAUACGAGAUAACGGCAGCCCAUAAUCUUCAGACUAACCAGUCUGAAUUGAUAAGGAGGUUCCAGGGUGUGUCCCUGCCAGUCCAUUUGAAGGCUCACCACAUCGUGUGGCACAAACUGCUGGAAAGAUCGAAGAGGCUGGUCACUGAAGAAAAAUAUUUGGAAGCAGCAGCAGAACAUCAUGAGGUAAAAGAUGGAAGUGAAGAAGGAAAAACUGUAUCAAUUUAAAUUAACUUUAGCCUCUGAAUGUACAUAAU